GCUGGAUGACACUGAUUUGAUUGAACUUGAGGAGCACACCUCGCAUUAUAGCGCAUAUGAAAUCUAAAACUGUGCAUUCAUAAGCGCAACAACCUACUGAGUCGGGGGAUGCAUAUCAACAUUUUAGUUGUAUAGGAGAUCGCUCAAAGCAGAGUAGCCUAAAACAGCUGCUGCCACCGGUUUUUAACAUUUUAAACAACUUAAAUUUGUAUUGAUUUGUAGAAAUCUACAUUUUUUAAUCAAAGAAGUGAAUUAUAUUAAUUGCACUUAUGGACACCAUUCUGGACAAUUUCGCCCCGGAGAAACUUUUCCCCAGUGCCAACCUGUUGGACCUUGAAGAUUUGAACGAAGGGGAUUUUCUCAACAAUGUGCACUUCUCGGAACAGAUGGAGGACUUCUCCAACGAACUGUUCAGCAGCUUCUUCGAUGACCACCUCCUGGCCGACAGGAACCCACUGCUGGACAUGGAGAUGGACCCUCCCAACCCUGACAUCCAAAUUGAACACAGCUACUCCCUGAGCGGUGACUCCGCGCCCCAGAGCCCCUCCAUGUCAAUCAAAAUGGACGAGGAAGCAGAGUUUGAAGGCAUGUGGUCUUUCAGUCAGGACCUGACGGCCAUCCUGGUGAAACAGGAGCCCGGCCAACAGGCAGAGACUUUCUCCACAGUGCCCUCCAUGGGCAACUCCUCCCAGCCACUCAAUCUCGCCCCUCCACCUCACAGGAACUCCUCAUCCGAGGAUACGGGCCCCAAGGAGUUGAACCUCAACCCUGUACCUGCAAUCAAAGAUGAACCCAGAGAAGUUAACAAGUGCCACAACAUCCCUUCAGACGAUCAGCUGCAACUCCCGCCCACCCCUCCCAGCAGCCACGGCAGUGACAGUGACGGGUCCCAGAGCCCCCACUCCAUGCCACCUUCCAGCCCGGCCCGGCUACAGGCCCGCUCGUCCACCGCCAUAUCCUCCUCCCCCCUCCUCACCGCCCCACACAAGCUGCAGGGCACCUCAGGGCCCCUGAUGCUGACAGAGGAGGAGAAGCGCACCCUGAUCGCUGAGGGUUAUCCUGUGCCCAACAAGCUGCCCCUCACCAAAACUGAGGAGAAGGCACUGAAGAGGGUGCGCAGGAAAAUCAAAAAUAAGAUAUCAGCCCAGGAGAGUCGCAGGAAAAAGAAGGAGUACGUGGAGUGCCUGGAGAAAAAGGUGGAGAACUACACAUCUGAAAACACUGACCUGUGGAAGAAGGUGGAAACCCUGGAGAACGCUAAUAGAACACUACUCCAGCAGCUCCAGAAACUUCAGGCCUUGGUCACAGGAAAGGUGCCUCAAUCCUGCAAGAUGGCCUCUACCCAAACAGGAACAUGCCUUAUGGUGGUGGCGCUGUGCUUUUUCCUGGUGUUGGGCUCCCUUGUGCCUUGUCUGCCUGAGUUCUCCUCCCUGUCCAAUACUGUGAAGUCAUCCUCGCCCCUCCCCUCGGCUGAUGUCUACACUGCCAGCCAGGUCCGCUCCCGUAGCUUACUCUUCUUCGACGAGAGCUCCCCGUUGGAGGACAGUCACGGGGGCUUCCUGAAGAUGGAGGGGGACGGCUGGGAGGGGGCGCCCCUGGACUACACCGAGGACCGGUCGGCACGUGACAGCGAUGGGGGCGAGCAUGAGACUACAAAGUACCUCAGCCAGGCUCACUCCGACUCGGUGGACUACAACAGGACAGGCGCCCAGUUCCUCCAAGAAGAGCCGCAAUACCACAAGAGAGAGCCAAACCCAGAAGGAGGAGCGGAGUACUUGUAACAUUUAGGGGCAGGGCUGCCAAAAACAUGCAGCUCACCAGACUUACCCAUGUGGGUGUGUAGUGGGACUACAGUGCCCUCUAGUGUGCCCACCCCUCAAACCUGCCUUUUCCCUGAUCUCCCUGACCUCCUCGCUCCCCAGCCUGUCUGUUCCAACUUCUCCCAGUGAGUCCCACACAAUGAAGAGGGAAUUUGGAGAAGGAAAAGGGAAAAAUGACAGGCAACUCCAAUCAACGCCCCACAGCAGCUUUUUCAUCUUUGAAUCCUGUCCGAGCUAGAAGCAGGAAGCUUGAUUUUAACGUCUUGUUGAAACCUUUCUGUGCUGUGUUUCUGCCUGGGCUUUCAAGUGGGUGAGUGUGGGUGCAAUGUUUCUGUGCAGAUUCUACAACAACGUUGCUUUUUCAAGGACUACUAAACCGUACCAAACAGGGUGGGUACGGAGUAUCCAUAACCAAUCAGACAGGGGUUAAAGGGACAGAAAUAUUUUCACAAAUAAAAACAAAUCCAUGCAAGUUUUCAUAAUUUUUCGUUGACAUGUUAAAGAAAUUCCCUCUUCUUCCUAAUUGACAAAUAAUUACUUCCCUUCAGUACCUUUCACCCAGGAGAUGGUAAUGCACUCAAUUACUUGUUAGAAUUAUAUACAUUAUACAUUUGAUGGCAUUUCUUUUAGAUUUUGCAACUUUUCUGCCCCAUAAUGUUUAAUUCAGUACAGUACAUAUAUACAUUGCACUUUUUUUGGCUUCUGGAAGACAUUGCAAGCUUAUAGGUGAAUAUGUGCCCAACUCUUUCAGUUUGUGUAUUCUUAGAUCAUCCACAUGGGGUUAUUUGUUUUUAUUUUACUCUGUAUCUUAAAGCCCAUAAAGAUAUUUUUAUGGAAUCUAAAUCAUAUGUAAUAUAUAUAUAUGUAUAUGUAUUCUUGGCAUCAAAAAAGAGCAUAUUUAUUUUAUGCAAAAAAAUAUUGUGAACGUUUCUUUUUAUGAAUAUCAAUUAUGUCAUGUUUACAUGAUCUUGUUGUCUUAACUGUUACACAGUUUGUCUUUUUUGUAUUUAUUUCUGUAUCAAGAAAGUUUUGUGUGUGUAUAUAUAGAAAAAAGUUAAGUGUACAAUGCUCUUUCACCGGAGCAAGAAAAAGCAAAAAGGCUAAUCUUUAACAAAAUUGUAGUCCAUACACUACCACCACAAUUCAUUUUUUCCACAACAAAUGAAUACCAUAAUCAUGCCAAACCAUCACCUAGGCACAAUGUCAUUAUGAAUGUGAAAAUAGAGUAUAUUUUUUAAUUGAAUAUCAAACUUCUGAAUCCACUGGAAAAAAGAUAAUCACAUCACAAUUUAGUCAUGCCCAAAGAACAGGCUAAUCUUAAAGAGUGCAGUUCUGCAGAUGAUGCUUAGUAAAAGUGAGUCGCACCUGCAAGAAAUUAAUGAUGGCUUUUAAUGCAUCGUUGUUGUUUGCCAAAAAACAUGUUAGAUUGAAGUGGAGAUGCCGGGUGUUUCCGCCUCUUCCCUCUGUGUGGUUUGAGGGCGGGAGAUAGAGGAGUGUGUGAAGGGCUGCUCACUGACCCCGAGUCAGAGUGAGCAAUGUUGGGUAGGAGGAUGUGAGUAGACAGCCUGGGCUCUGUUGAGUAGGCGUACAGCAUCUGGGUCAGCCAUUGGCUUUCGAGUCCUACCUUAACACCCAGUCUUUUGAUCUUUAUAGAUUCAUCAUUGACAACUGUGGCUUCUCUUUGAGUAAUCAAGUCAGGCUAGACUGAGAGUACAGGAAUAUGACUGUGGUUUACUUUCGAUGUGUCAUUAGGUUUGUAUUAUUCAUUUUCUGUCAAAUGGUUCAUAAAAAUCACUACCACUACCGUUAUUCAUUAGAUUAAUACAAUUGAUCCGUAGAUUUUUAAUUUUUUUAUUCCUAGUUGUCAUCUGCCGUAUCUUAGUGCACAUGAACUGACCGCGAAGUCGGUUAACUGAGUACACUGAUAAUGUGUGUAUAUUGAAAUUGCUUCCUGUGAAGGUAUUGUUUGUGUAUGUUUGUCCUGGUUUUAUUAUUAGCUGUGAAACUAAGAUUCAAUCAGAAGCUAACCGGCUCUCACCCAAAUGCCUUCACACUUACUGAUAAAAUGGUCACUUAGUUGUCUGCCCCCCCCCCCCCCC